AUGCCUCCAAAAGCUGAUUGGGACAAGUACAUUGCGCCGGCAGAGGAAGACGAGAAGGACCAGGAGAAAAUUGUGCCCUUAUCGGAAAGCGAUAUCCAAGUGUUGAAGACCUAUGGAGCAGCACCGUACGCCUCGUCGAUCAAGACCAUUGAAAAGGACUUGAAGGACAUAGAGGAGCGAAUUAAAGAAAACAUUGGCAUCAAGGAGAGCGACACUGGCUUAGCGCCACCGCAUUUAUGGGAUGUCUUGGGGGAUAAGCAGCGGAUGCAAGAGGAACAAUCGUUGCAAGUUGCCAGAUGCACCAAGAUCAUCGAGCCGGUACAGCAAGCUGUGCCCACGUCGGGGCUUCAAAACGCCGACACCAAGGCGAAAUACGUGAUAAACAUCAAACAGAUUGCCAAGUUUGUCGUUGGCUUAGGGGAAAGAGUCUCGCCUACUGAUAUCGAGGAGGGCAUGAGGGUUGGUGUGGAUAGACACAAGUAUGAGAUCCAGUUACCGUUGCCGCCUAGAAUCGACCCUUCGGUGACGAUGAUGACCGUGGAAGAGAAGCCCGAUGUCACGUAUAGCGACGUUGGUGGCUGUAAAGAGCAAAUUGAAAAAUUGAGAGAAGUUGUCGAGUUGCCGUUAUUGAGCCCCGAGAGAUUUGUUAAGUUGGGCAUUGAUCCGCCAAAGGGCAUCUUGUUGUAUGGACCACCGGGCACGGGUAAGACGUUGUGCGCUAGAGCAGUGGCGAAUCGUACCGAUGCUACAUUCAUCAGGGUCAUUGGCUCGGAGUUGGUGCAGAAAUACGUUGGUGAAGGUGCCAGAAUGGUUCGAGAAUUGUUUGAAAUGGCGAGAACCAAGAAAGCGUGUAUUAUUUUCUUUGACGAAGUUGAUGCUAUCGGGGGAGCUAGAUUCGAUGAUGGUGCCGGUGGUGAUAACGAAGUGCAGAGAACCAUGUUGGAGUUGAUUACCCAGUUGGAUGGGUUUGAUCCAAGAGGAAACAUUAAGGUUAUGUUUGCCACAAACAGACCCAACACGUUGGACCCAGCGUUAUUGAGACCAGGGAGAAUCGAUAGAAAAGUGGAGUUUUCGUUGCCUGAUUUGGAAGGACGUGCUAAUAUCUUCCGAAUCCAUUCCAAGACCAUGAGCUGUGAGAAGGAUAUUAGAUGGGAGCUUAUAUCGAGGUUAUGUCCCAAUGCCACGGGUGCCGAAUUACGAUCCGUUUGCACCGAGGCUGGUAUGUUUGCCAUCAGAGCAAGGAGGAAAGUGGCCAACGAGAAGGAUUUCCUAAAGGCUGUGGAUAAGGUGAUCAAGGGUAACUUGAAAUUCAGCUCCACCAGCCAGUAUAUGCAAUAUAACUAG